AUGUUUGUAAUUACAUCUGGAUUUCCUGAACAAAAUACAACAUUUAAUGUAAAUAAAUUUACAUUCAGAAGAAUUAUUAAAGAAAUUGAAAGAGCAAAUGAAAUUAUUAAUGAAACAAGUAAUGAACAAGAAUCAAUUUGGGAAGAAUUAAUUGAAGAGCUAAAUUGGGAAAAUAAUUAUGAAUAUUUUAUUUUAAUUUUAUGUAAAGUAAAUAAAGAUGUGAAUUGUAAUAAACAAAAAGUUUUAUUACGUACAUAUUUAUAUAAUUGGGAAAAAGAAAAUGAACAAAAUAAUUUAAUUGAAGAAAGUCAAUUAAUAACAAAUUAUGAAAAAAAUGUUAAAUGUUUUGAUAAAAAUAGUAAAAGAGAAUCAUCAUUAACUUUUUGUAAAUUAUGGAUUAUUGGAGUUAAUUUAAAUUCCUCUAAAGAAUUAAAUGAUAAUCAAAUUGAACAACUUUUAACAUUUGAUAAUAUAUUUAAAAAUUAUUUAACAAAAUCUGGAUCUGUAUAUUCUUUAUUUACAAACAACAAAAUUGAUUUAAAUAAAAUGUAA